UUUUGUUUUGAUUUUUGAAUCGUGGAUCAAUCAUUUUUUCAUUUUGAUUGUAUUUUUUUCAGAAAUAUUAUUUUUAUCAAACAAAAAUGAAUAAUGGAAUCAUCAACAACAAAACGUAUGAGCUAUACAGCUGAAUUUAAACUUAAAGUGGUUAAAUAUGCUAAAAUUAAUGGUAAUCGUGCCUGUAGUCGAUAUUUUAAUAUUUCUGAAAGAUCUGUACGUGAUUGGCGUAAACGUGAAGAUGAAUUACGACUAAUGCCAAAAACUAAACGUGCAAAUCGUGGCAUAAAACGUUUAUCAAGACCGGAACAUAUUGAAUAUGAACAUUUUCAUGGACAAAAAAUUCCAAAUAAUAAAUCUAAUAAAAGUAUUUCAAUUGAUAAUGAUGUUGAUAAUGUCGAUGAUAAUGAUGAUGAUAAUGUUGAUAUAAGUAUUGAAGUUGCACCAGAUAUUUCCGAAGAUAUAUUGAAUGGUGAUGAUAAUGUUUUAUUGGAUUUCAACAAACAGGAAACUUUUCCUAAAAUAUCUGAUGAAUACGUUUCAAAUGAAUUACCAAAUCUAGAUGUAUCUCAUUCAUCAUUCACAUCUACAUCAUCAUCAUCUCCAAAUAAUAAUGUUAAUAAAAAUAAAAUCUUUAAACAUCAAAUAAACAAUCAGAAAAAACUGUAUAAGAAAAUUGUCGAACCGGAUAAAGAAACUGGAACAUUGUUUGAUUAUGGUAUAAAAGCAAUCAAAGUAAUCGGUGCAACCGAACUUGAUGAUUCAAAUCAAACAAAAAAACUAUGUUAUGUAAUUAAAUUUGAAAAUAAUCAAUGCGAUAUUGUGGAAAAUAAAGUGGCACAAAAAUUCUGUCCACAGAUUCUAUUUAAUUUUCUUGAAUCACAUAUUACAUUUGAUGAAAAAACUGUCAUUCAUUUACCAUUUACGAAAGUAAAACAAUAAUCAUAAUUUGUAAAUUUUUUUUUAUUGUU